UCUCAUCUUCUCCUCCAAAAACUACCUAUCUUCCAUUAAUAAUAGGACGUGGAGAGAAAAAGCAUGCAAGCACCACUAUUGAGAAGGCCUUCACCUGUUGAAGCAAACACUACUACUAACGGUAGUAAUACUACUACUACUACUGAAGCAAACACUACUACUAAUGGUAGUAAUACUACUACUACUACUGAUGAUGACUUGCAAUCAAGUGGUUCCUCAUCAGUCACGCUUCUUGUUGUGCUCAGCACCAUGGUCGCGCUCUGUGGUUCCCUCGGUUCUGGGUGUGCUACAGGUUUUUCUUCACCUGCUAAAUCUGGGAUCGUCGAAGAUUUGAGUCUCUCUGAUACAUCAUAUUCCUUUUUCAGUUCGAUGAUGACAAUAGGAGGAGUGAUUGGCGGAUUAGUAAAUGGAUUGACAGUAGAUUAUAUCGGUCGGAAAAAAGCAAUGUGGUUCUCUGAAAUAUUCCGGAUUGCAGGGUGGCUUGCAAUAGCAUUGGCACAGAAUGCUUGGUUGCUUGAUCUCGGAAGCCUGUUAUUGGGAUUUGGGACUAGCAUUAGUUUAUAUGUGGUACCUGUAUACAUAGCAGAAAUCACACCCAAGAAUCUUAGGGGACAAUUUACAUCAGCUACUCAGUUGAUGAUAACUUGUGGCUUUCAACUAAUGUAUUUCAUUGGGAGUAACAUUUCCUGGCGCAUCCUAGCUGUAAUUGGUGGUAUUCCAUGUGUAGUAAAACUUGUGGGAGUAUUCUUCAUUGCAAAGUCACCUAGGUGGCUGGCAAACGUUGGUAAGCAUGAAGAGUUCGAAGCUUCUCUACAGCUUCUUAGGGGAAAGAAUGCUGAUGUUUCUCAAGAAGCAGCUGAUAUAAAAGAUUAUACAAAAAUAUGUCAACAAUUUUCAGAGACUGGAAAACUACAUUUUUUCCAUAGUAGAUAUGUCUCUCCACUCACAGCCGGACUUGGGCUGAUAUUGCUUGAUCAACUUGGAGGCAGCAGUGCAGUUGCCUACUAUGCAAGCUAUUUAUUUACAGAAGCUGGAUUUUCAAGUAGCAUUGGGACUACAACUAUGGCUGUUGUCCAGAUUCCAGCCAACAUUAUCAGUGUACUCUUGUCAGAUAAUUUAGGAAGACGGCCACUUCUAAUGGUUUCUGCCACUGGACUGAGCUUGAGUUGCUUCCUUGUAGGCUUGUCAUACAUCUUUCAGGACCUUAGCCUGUUGAAGGAGCUCACUCCCAUUUUGGUGCUAAUUGGUUUAUCGGUAUUUAGUAUGGCUCAAGCGAUAGGCAUGGCAGGAUUACCCUGGGUUAUAAUGUCAGAGAUAUAUCCUAUAAACAUCAAGGGUACAGCUGGAAGCCUAGUGACUUCAGCACACUGGUCCUUCGCUUGGAUUGUUGUAUACGUCUUCAAGUUUAUGAUAGCAUGGAGUUUAGCAGGAACAUUUUUCAUAUUCUCAGUCAUUUAUGGUUUAGCUGUUGUAUUUAUUGCAAAGCUGGUACCAGAGACCAAGAAGCAAGCACUGGAAGAAAUUCAUGCAUCAUUUACCAAUCCUCAGUGCAAAAACUCAAACCCUUAAGACAUAAGAAAAUUUGUUCAUCUUAGUUCAAUUGAAAUCUAAAAACCCUAUAAAACAAACUUCCACGUGAAUAUAUAUUGUUUAAGUAUGUUCAGUUGUGGGGUUAUCUCAUGCAUCAUGAUCCUUGAUUCAGUUACCUAUUCUACCCAAUAAACCACUUAACAUUUUUUUCAUGGCGAAGAAAAAUGUUAUUGGAAACAUUUUGGGAGAAAUCAGAUUAUUUAUUUGGUGUGGAAGAUCAUCUUUUCAUCAUCAAGUAUUGUGAAAUUUAUGCACAUGUUUAUCAAGGUUAUUGUAAACAUCCUUUUAUCAUCAAAUUUUGUCUCUGUUAUUUUCAUGA